GCGCGUUCACGUUUCAGGUCUGGGGAUGUUGGUGCCGUCUCCGCGCCCCCGCCCCCAGAGUGAAAACUUUUUUUCUCCUAAAAGGAAUCCGUAAAAAGAUGAAAUAAAAUGUUCAGAUAAGCAUCUGUCUGUAAGUUAAGCUCGGACAAUCAGCCAAUCCGUGAUUGGACUCUUGUCGUCCUGAAGAGUUGCUGCUGUCAGACGCGGUGGGACUCAGGGUUCCCCAUGGAGACAGUGGUGAUCGUGGCCAUAGGAGUGUUGGCCACCAUCUUCCUGGCCUCUUUCGUUGCCCUGGUGGUGGUGUGCAGACAUCGUUACUGCCAUCCUCAUGACCUGCUGCACCACUUCGACUCAAAACCCACAGUGGAUCUGAUCGGCGCCAUGGAGACACAGAGCGAGCCCUCCGAGCUGGAGUUAGACGACGUGGUCAUCACGAACCCUCACAUCGAAGCCAUUCUGGAGAAUGAGGACUGGAUAGAGGAUGCAUCCGGCUUGGUGUCACACUGUAUCUCUAUUCUAAAGAUUUGUCACACUUUGACUGAAAAGUUGGUGGCCAUGACAAUGGGAUCAGGGGCAAAGGUCAAAGCACCAGCCAGUUUGAGUGACAUCAUAACAGUGGCCAAACGGAUCAGUCCAAGAGUAGAUGAUGUGGUCAGGUCAAUGUACCCUCCACUGGAUCCAAUCCUGCUGGAUGCCAGAGCCACUGCUUUGCUCCUUUCAGUCAGCCACCUGGUGCUGGUCACCCGCAACGCCUGUCACAUGUCCGGCAGCAUGGACUGGAUCGACCAGUCGCUCCAUGCAGCGGAGGAUCACAUGGUUGUUCUGCGUGAGGCGGCUCUGGCUUCUGAACCGGAGCGAAUCAUACCUGGAGCUGAUGCUCAGAGAGAACAGGCCAUUUGAAAGGAGAGAAAAAAAGCAGCUCAGAUCUGUAGAAUACCGUUUGAAUAAUUCAGUUUAAACUUUCUGACAAAAAGAAGCAAACUUUUGAGUCUGCAUGAAAAACACACAUCUAUUGCUACUCAUGGACAGAAUAUUAUAUGAAUUCCUUUAGAAAUCUUUUCUGAAAUGCAUCAUCCAGCAGUAGACCUAAAUUCAGUCAAACAGGCACUGCAGAGUCACAAGGAGGCUUAGUCAGCUAAUCCAUCCUGACCAAAAUAACAUCCAUUAGCCAGUGAACCUGAAGGUACUCAUAUACAGUUUACCAAGGCAGGACAAGCCUGGCUGGCUGAGUAUGUGUGGGGUCAGUUUGACAUUAGGAUUUGGUGAAAAAUCUAAGUUAUCUGAUGUUAGAACAGACAAGGUGUGUUUCUUUUAGGCUUUUGUUCAUUUUCUUCCCUCACUCCUGAGACAUUUCAGAGGUGCAACUCUUACUUGAGUUCACACAUUUAAUUUAAAAAACGACAUUAUGAUAAUAGAGCAGAUAUUAAAGGUAUAGCGGAGGAUAUCUUUUUCCAGGUGGAUCAUCAAAAUAAGUGGUGCUCCUAAUUGUCCUAGUGUUUACCUAAGGCCGUCCAAUGUGCUCAUCCCCAUUUUUACUUAGCGAGUCUGACAUAGUGGAAAAAUUGCAAAUCUUCUUUUGGAAAGUAAGCUUGUAUGAGCGAUGCAAACAGCAACUUUCAAACAGAGCGUGCACAAGGAGA